GGGGUCUGUCUGACCUGUGUGCAGUAAUGGACACACGUGUUUCUCUCAACAUGGUUAUGAGCUAAAGACACUCGUGGCACGUGUUGGAUGCCUGCGGUGUCGCCUUGUCAUACAUGGCUAUAUUGGGACAGUCAAUACAUUUAGCAAGGCCGUGCCUAGUUGUCGGGCACCAUGAUGACUUCUUCUGAGGAAAACAUGAGCAAGCAGAAACAGUCAAAACGGUAACCUGUCGGACCUUCACACCAUACACGUGUGCCCGAGUGUCACCCCUGUCUGGGUGACAUGGUCCUCAGUUAUACAUGAGCUCUACUAUGUGGUACAUCAUGCAAAGCAUUCAAAGUAAAUACUCCUUGUCCGAGCGGCUCAUCCGCACCAUCGCAGCUAUCCGAUCAUUCCCACACGACAAUGUAGAGGAUCUCAUUCGCAAGGGUGCUGAUGUGAACCGGAUGCAUGGCACACUGAAGCCCCUGCACUGUGCCUGUAUGGUCGCUGAUGCUGACUGUGUGGAGCUCCUGUUAGAGAAGGGGGCAGAGGUGAAUGCUUUGGAUGGAUACAAUCGCACAGCACUUCACUAUGCAGCAGAGAAAGAUGAGAGCUGCGUGGAGCUGCUGUUGGAGUACGGAGCCCAGCCAAACGCUCUGGAUGGUAACAAGGACACUCCACUGCACUGGGCAGCCUUUAAAGACAACCCAGAGUGUGUGAGGGCCCUGCUGGAGAGUGGGGCCUGUCCCAAUGCCCGGGACUACAACAAUGACACGCCUCUGAGCUGGGCAGCAAUGAAAGGCAACCUGGAGAGUGUCAAAGUGCUUUUAGACUAUGGAGCCCAGGUCCAUGUGACCAACCUGAAGGGCCAAACCCCCAUCUCUCGACUGGUGGCCCUGUUGGCCCGUGGCCUGGGCACAGAUCAAGAGGAGGAGUGCCUAGAGCUGCUGUGCCGGGCAGCAGGGCGGUUUGAGAUCAGACGGGCUGACGGCACACUUCCCAGGGAGCUGAGUAAGGAUCCCCAGCUGCUGGCGAGGCUCACAAACAUGGUGGCUCAGGCUCCAACGCUUCGCUCACUGGCCCGCUGUGCCGUCCGGCAGAGUCUUGGAGUCCAGUUUCUCCCUACUGCUGUUAAAGAGCUUCCUUUACCAGAGACUAUAAAAGAUUAUCUACUGUUGAGAGACUGAGUUGAUGCUGCCAUUGGCUGAUUAUUAAACAGAUCACCACACAGCAAUUUUUUGGCAAGGAAGUGUCUGCAUUGAGUUAUAGGACAGUGGCCCCUCAUUAGUUUAAACUUUGUGCAAAUAAAUGUAGAUUUGUGAAUUGAGAGAGCAAAGUGAGUGGAGCGGAUUGAUAAGUCUGGUUAGUUUCAGUUAAACAAAAUGCACAUGUCAAUGUUUAAAUUCAUACAAGGUUUAAAAAGUUAUGCAAUGUCUUGGAACACAGUUCUGGCCUUUGAAAAAAGAAGUCUCCAUGCAACAAUGUUUUGUUAGCCCAUCCCGCAUGCAGUACAGAAAGAAAGCAUCAAAUCCGAAUUGUUUAACUGUUGUUGAAACAAGCUAGAUGUGUCUAAUCCCACUUUCCAAGCUGUUCACAGAGGGCCUGAGCAUCUCUGUGAUUUUAUUUUGGCUUAUUCUUUUUUUUUGUCUCUAAAUUUGACAGGACAUUGUAAAAAAUGAAAAAAGCAGACCCACAGUGGUUUAUUGCAGAGCAUUAGGAAAAUGUUGAAUAUUGAGUUUGUUAGUAUAUUAGUUAUUGGCCAUAGCAACAUUAAACUUUGAUGUAAAAUAGGUUUGAAAUGAGAUGUAUUUGUGCAAUGACGCAGACUGACCAUGGAUUGUGCAAGACGAUUUAGUUUCUAACAACUGGUGCUCAAUAACAUUUGACAUGUUAUUUACUUUAUAUGACAUUGGAGUGGUCAUCUCUCUCUUAAUAAUGUCCCAGGUAAACGUAUAAUCAUAGCCAUCUUUAAAUACCAACAGUAAAAUACAACAAAUGCAUUAAAAAGUCUGCAGAAUAUUUGGAUUAUCUCAUUUGUUUCUCACUUAGCUCCAGUAUGUGACAGGCACAUUCCUCCUCUAGACCUCUGAGAAAGUUAAAUGUCUAGACUGGAUGAUGAAUCGGUCAACAUGCCUGCUGUCACGUGUAAUUUACUAUUUAUUUGAGCUUCUUUUAGUGAAGGGUGCAGUUGCCAAGCAAGAAUUUUGUUUCCUUUUUUACUUGGGAUGUUCUUGGUCUUAACUUGAAAGCUUCAAGGUUGCUCCCUGGUCCAACAUUUUGCAGCAUAUAAUUAAAAUGUAUUUACUUUAAAUUAAAUGUUAGAAUGUUAGAACCAAGAAUGGCAUGAUGUCUAUGUUUUUGUCCUUAUGGAGUCACUGAAAAGCUUGCAAAAUGUACUUCUGUUUUUUGUAUGGGAUCUGUUUAAAAUCUGUUUCUGUGCUUGAGUUUGUUUGCUUGUUCUGCUGCUGUGUUUAAAAUUAACCCCUUAGAUUAUGUCUUGUGUACACCUGCAAAAGUGCUUUUUUCUCUUUGUCAAUGUACUGAAAGUAAAUGCCUUUAUAUUAA